UGUCGUACAAGCAUUCGUUUUCAUCCGCGGUGAAUGCCAUAUAUUUGAUUCUUUUUUCUUUUUUUUUUCUUCUCCCCGUUAAAAUUUCGUUUCUCAAUUUUUCGAUCGCUCCGCACGACACGCAGCGCAUCGCGUCACCUCUUUCCCUGCACCGUUUUCUAAACGAUUGAUUAAAAAAAAAAAAAAAAGAAGAAAAAACAGACAAGUAAAUAAACACGUGAAACGACUCGAUUGUUUGUAACAAAAUUAAACGACAAGAGAAAAACAAAAAAAACGGAAAAUUACAUUCGAACAAAUCGGUUAAAAUGUCGAAACAUUUUUUCAGCUAACUUCGCGAGUUUCAUUAGAUUGUUUAACGUUUUUACCGUAUGAAACAACACCGCGGAGAGUUUUGAGGAGGGCGAACGAUCGCCCCGAUCCAGUUUAUUGCCUUGCUGUUUUCAAAAAAUUUCAGGCGUUCAUUUAAAACGCGCGCCGAUAGUACGCGGUUCGUAUUUCACAAGUUGGUUUCGUAUUCUCAAAUCUCCGUGGAGGUGUGUUAGGGCUGUGUAAGUGAAUUUCAAGAGUUUUACCCAGUGACUUCGUAUCGUCGUACAUUUACUGUAUGGAAUAAAAAAAACAAAAAAAAAGAAGGAAUUUGGAGAAGUGAUUACUGCAGUGAACAAAGUGUUUUAAUUUUAUAAUCAGUAUAUAAAUAUAAAUUAUUUGUGGAAGGAUUUUAACGAACGGAGAUAUACAUUUUGAUCUACAUGAAGUAACAAACGAACGAAUAAAUAGAUAGAUAAUCGAAUAAUAAUAAUAAUAAUAAUAACAACAUAUCGACUGGUUUCAAGUGUCGUUAAUAUAAAUGUUAUUGAAAUGUUGUGCUCCCUUUGCAUCGUCGAGGUGUAUGAAAAAUGAAAAACGGAGUUACCGCAACUAACACUUCUACUACUGCAGCGAAACCCAGCAGUGUGACAUCUCGAAAGCACUAGCCAUAAAUGACUGACUUGGCACACCCAUACCGGGAUAUUUCUGUACACCAUGCUUUGCGCAUUCGUUUUACUAUGCAUGGUCAGCCAAACUCUCGCGCAAGGCCACAAGAUACACGAACACAUGACAACAGAAGAGAUACUGUCAGUCUUUCACACCGAGGAUCACAAAUUGGUGCCCGCGUACGAGGUGGUGCCGAUUUUGCAUACGUUGAAAAAGAGGAGUUUACAAGAGUCAGAAACGGAAGUUCAUUUGCGAGCUUUUGGACAAAAUUAUAAUCUAUCGUUAAAACCGACCGACGGACUUUUCCCUUCGAAAGAUCUACCGAUGUGGACGGUAACGAGAAACAGUUCGCAUCCCGACGAUCUUCAUUACGUCGACGCACCCGAGUCCAGCACGGAUAUCGGUGACAUUUACCAAGACAGAGAAAAUAUGGCGUCGAUUCUCCUUCACAAAGAUGAAAAUGGAAAAGUCCUCGUGGAGGGAAAUAUAGGGUCGGAAUUAGUUAUACGACCGUUACCUAAGCGCAUAAUGAAUGAAGCUGCGAACAGAUCAAAAAUUUUCUCACAAGACGCUAACUCACUGCCAGAUGUUGGACGUACGAAAAGAAAUUUGAAACACACGCAUCAUCAUGUUGUAUACAAAAGAUCUCAGCCAUUGCCGGAUGACGAUUACAGCGAUUUUGCAUUUAUGGAGCCAGAUCAUCUAGCAAAGAGAUUCAGAUCGAAAAGAUCGGUUGGCGUUAGGACGAAGCGUGAAGCACCCUACGUUAUUUUUCCAGAAAUUUUGUGCAUCGUAGAUUACGACGGAUACAGGUUACACGGUGGUGAUAACGUUCAGAUAAAAAGAUACUUCGUCUCAUUUUGGAACGGAGUUGAUCUGAGAUACAAAUUACUCAAAGGUCCAAAGAUCCGGAUAAGCAUUGCCGGUAUUAUUAUUUCACGGGGUCGAGACGCCACACCUUACUUGGAGCGGAAUCGCGUCGGUCGAGAUGCCAUAGAUUCGGCAGCUGCUUUAACAGAUAUGGGGAAAUACCUUUUCCGGGAACGGCGACUUCCGGUCUACGACAUUGCCGUCGCAGUAACAAAAUUAGAUAUGUGCAGGAGGCAAUACGCGAAUGACGUGUGCAAUAGAGGAACAGCAGGUUUCGCCUACGUCGGUGGCGCAUGUGUCGUUAACAAACGUCUUGAAAAAGUUAAUUCCGUCGCCAUUAUAGAAGACACGGGCGGUUUUAGCGGAAUUAUUGUAGCGGCUCACGAAGUCGGACACUUACUCGGCGCGGUGCACGAUGGUUCUCCACCCCCGAGCUACCUCGGUGGACCCGGUGCGGACAAAUGUCGAUGGGAAGAUGGUUACAUAAUGAGCGAUCUUCGGCACACGGAAAAGGGCUUCAAAUGGUCGCACUGUAGCGUGUCUUCGUUUCAUCAUUUUUUGAAUGGAGACACGGCUACAUGCCUCUUCAACGCACCCCACGAAGAUGAAGCACUACCGAGAGUUUUACCGGGAAAACUUUUGUCGCUCGACGCACAAUGUCGAAAAGAUCGCGGAACGAGUGCAUGCUUUAAAGAUGAUCGGGUUUGCGCUCAACUUUUUUGCUUCGAUGCCGGUUCGGGUUAUUGCGUAGCGUACCGACCAGCGGCGGAAGGUUCUCCUUGCGGCGAUGGGCAGUAUUGCCUGAACGGAAGAUGCGUAGCUGAACACGAAAAUAUAAUUCCGGAUUAUACGCAAAAUGUACCAACGUAUGUUCGUCGAGAGAAUAUCUACAACCCGGGUCAACAAAAUCAUCCAUUAUACUCGCAAUAUAACACUACAGAGAACAGGUACACAUGGGAGUCAACGACAAGCAGCAGUUUACCAACAAAAUAUAAUUUGCUCCGAUUUCCGAAUACAUUGAAAUUGACGACUACCGAUAACAGAUUCAAGUAUUCUUAUUCGUUUACAACCGGAUCGACUACGAUAGCUACGACGAAGUUGAUUCCGACAACAACAACAACAACAACAACAACAACAACCCCGACAACGACAACAACACAUGCUACACCGAUACUGACGUACACGCAAAAAAUCGCGGAUAAUUUUGUCCCCGAUAGCGAGACACCUAAAAAAGCUUACACCUAUUCAAGUUACUUGUUUCAUUAUUUUCCGACGACGAGUUCCCCGUUUGAAAAUUACAAUAGUCAAAACGAUAUUAGUUAUCCUAAACUAACACAAUACAAGUAUAAAAAUUACAUUCCAUCGACAACACUUGGAACCAUCGGAGCCCAAAAUGGCCAGCAAAUUUAUGGUCGUGAAACAAAAGGCGAUGAAUGCAUAGACUCGGGAACAGACUGCGCCGAGUUAAUCAGCAGGCUGCGGACGUGGUUGUGCCAUUUGCAAUCUGUGAAGGAACGUUGCUGUGCAUCCCUCAAAGUACUUUGCAGCACCUAACAGCAGAGUCUCUGUUCACCAGCAUCCAAUUUUUUAUUAUAUCGAACAAACAUAUAGAAUCCAUUUAUCUUUCACUCGCAUAUUUUGAACAAAAAAAAACAAAAACAACAAAAAUAAUAAAAACACAAGAGGCCACAAUUAAGGUAUCACUUCUCCUAGAUUUGUGAUAGUAGUUAUUUCGUUUGUACCCCCAUGUAUGUUCUUUUUUUGAGGAUUCGUCAAAUCACAAUUUUAACGAAAUAUAAUUUUAUUUAUAGACAGUAAUUCAUGUUAAUACAAUCGAAAUGUCUAUUAGACGAUGCCUCGUAUGAUAGCGGGUGUUAAAAGUAACCCGACAAGAAAAAUCAAUUUGAUCGGACUUGUUUGCUGAAAUAGCUAAGCCAUGGAAACAAAACUGAUCAAUACUUGAAGAUUGUGGCCACUCCAUUGUAUCGGAGAUAAAUUCACUCAUCAGUACUAUGGGACGGCGUGACAACGCAAGGUAUUAGUAAUUUUAAGCGAAAGAAUCGUCACAUUUAAAAGCUGAUACGAUAUUAAUUUUGGAUAUAUAUGUAAUAAGACUAGCAAGGGAUAUUCAUUACGUGAGAACUUAGAACUUUAAAAAAAAAAUAGCAUCAGUGGAAAAAAAAUAAGUAACACCCCACGAGCAUUUCGAUCAAUCACCAAACAAAGAUGAUAUCAAAGCAAAGGCAACUCUUAAUUUGUCCAAGUUAUCGAUAAAUUUGUAAAAUACUCAAAAAUACAACGAACAAAACUGUAGAAAAAUUGUCAGUAUCCCGUAGGAAUAAUUCACAUUGAUCAUACAUAAGAUUUCAUUCUAGAAUUCAGAGAUAUAUCUUCUUGAAAAAAUCCUGAUAUUAUCAAACCUAUCGCAUAGAAUUAUACAAACUAGCACCAUAGAUAUCUAGCUCUAGGAAACACAGAAAGGACCUAGAAAUUUUUUUUCAAACACUAGUUGAGUGGAAUCUAAGAUCUCAAUUUCAUUAAAAAAGGUUAUUGAUUUAUCACAGAUUACACCACAUUUUGUAUAUUUUAAUAUGAGAUGGAACUUUGACAAGGAUGUACAAGAGUAAUGAGAGUAAUGGCAACAUAACGCCACCGAUGUUUUGAGAAUUUUCAAUCUGGAAAGUUACAAACUGAGAAAUUUUCUAAACUCUGAAUCGUGCUAAGUGAAGUGCAGAAUCACAGCAACCGAGCGAAUGUAGAGUGUUAAAAGACAGAGAAUGAAAAAUGAUGAUAGAAACAUCUAUUGUAAAGAAAUAUCAAUUUCAUUAGCAUUGUACUAUAAUUAAAUACAGUAAGUAUAGAUAAUAAUGUAAAGAAAAUAAAUAAACCAGCAUAAUAUCUUA